UUAAUUUCUUUAUCAAACUUUAUUUUCUAGUCUAUAUAUAUACAUAUAUAUAUAUAUAUAUACAUGUGUAUAUGCCCACAGUUAUACGAAAUUUAUCACCCUCUACAAUCUCCCACCCACCUUCCUCCAUUUUCGUUUCUCUGGAAAAACAAGAACAAAUUUCUCAAAAAAAAAAAAAGGAACAAAUUAAGAAAGGGUCACUUAGGAAGAAACCGUGAUGGAGGGUAUUUCUACGACCGUGUACAAGGGUUUGAGAGGGUACUGGAAGAGGAGAGGAUACGUCAAGCUAAAUGGUCCUAGACGGGCACGGCGGAGCAGGGUGGAGCUGGGUUCCACUCGGCGGAAGAGGUUCUGGAGGAUCAGGGUCAAAGCAAAGCUGAGAAUACCUUCGCCCAAGAAGUUCUUUGUCUGGCUACGUGAUGCCUACGUGAAAAUGAUGCUAGGGCUAGCCAACUCCAGGAUGGUUAGUACUGGUAACAGAGGAGCCAUAGUUGAUCAUGGGAUUGCAGCCAUUGGGAAACGUCCGCUGAAAGAGUAUGACGAGAAAAUGAUCGUUGAGAUCUACAAAUCCUUGGUGAUGGCGCAAGGUCAGCUGGUGCCGCGGGAGGCAGGGACGCUUAGAUCAAUUGUUUGUCAACGGUGAAAUCAGGAAAAAGUAAUAAGGAAAGGGUUUAUUUUUACGCAUUGGAUUAUUUUCGCCAAAAACUUGCGGUGAAAGGAUUAGCUC